AUGCUUGGUGACUCAGAAUUGCUUGCCUUGCAGAGAUUUAUCGACUUCUUGUGCCGUGCGCGAACUCUCUCCCAUCAGCCAACCGAAUCAUACCGACCGAGAAGCCCAGUAACACCCAUACUGUGCCACAGUAACCCAUUCACACCAGAAUCAUCAACGCAACGUCUAGAUGUUGAGGAUGAGGCAGCUCAGAGGCAAAGAGCUUGUCGGGAAGACUUUCGGACAUCUGAAAUCUAUCCAAAUCAUCAGGAUCAGAGGCGGUACAUGGCGUACGUCGAAGAUGCUGAGGGCGAAAAUUCAUGGGCGCAUUACGAAUUAGAAGGGAGGCCGCCUUUGUCGCAAGCACUCGCAAAUUCCACGGCCAUCAAUCGGAAGUUAGUUGAAAGGGAUCAUACUGAUGCUUGGAAAUUUGGCAUCGCUCCGGGAAUCUCAUCUACAUCGGACCAAAGCCAAGGGAGCUCUCUGACCACGGAUCCCAAUCCUCAAGUCGAGUUUAUUACUGACGGGAUUGAGGAUAGUGGUCAGGCAAAUAGCCUCUCUAGAGGUACGACAUCACCAUUCAACCAAACCCCGACGAGUUCCCUGGCCACGGAUCUAGGUAGUCACGCAGAGGAAGCCUCCGUCAUAAAUUUUUCUGAAGACGAUAUAAACUCCGCUAGUGAUGGUGGAUAUUCAAGCCCACGCCAUACACUUGAAAACCGUCGUGAAAAUAGUAUCCCAAGUUCGGAGAAUUCUUUCCGGUCUGGGUUUGCUCAAUGCCCUAUAUUGCUUCCCAUCGACCAGCUUGCUAGUCCGGCAACUUUGCCUUUAGACACGCCUCUGUCAAAGGGUCCAACAGCUUUAUUGUCUCUUGCGCAGGUCGAUAUCUCUGGCCUAUUGCUUCAAAAGCACGAUACAGGCUACUUCGUCACCACGGAGUCAGGGUUUGGAAUUAAGGCCAUCAAGGAGAACAUCCUGCAAACCCUCGAAGGACAGUCAUUAGGGCCUUGCGAGAUAGAAAUCUCGCACCCGCUCUAUGACGCGCUCCAGAAGUGCAGGGAAGAUCCGGAUUAUUUCCUUCGCCAGGUUGGUAUCUCUCACCAAGCCAGCGCAAAAGGGGCGGUUGCUAGGAUAUUUGAAAAGUCAUUCCAGAUCACAAGGACCGCGCAACUCAUGCCUCUCUAUGAACGCCUCACACUAUAUGCUCUUUAUAACCUAGUUGUGAAAAAGGGAUAUCACGAUGGCGAACAGUUCAGAUUCGGCCAACUUGCGCGUCUCGUUCAAGAUAUCAAAUCUGAAUUGUCGGAUGACGAUAGUCUUGAAGAUGGGAAGUUACGGAAUACUAUUCAACGGCUUGUAUUGGAAGGCAAGGAGCUUAGUCGCAUAAUAAGGCGCCAUUUCAAUAACAAUCCCGGAUAUCUUAUGGCGCUCCCCGUCAGUCUGACGGCGAACAAGUGA